GUGGUCUUCUGGCUCCUGUCCAUGCUGGCCACCCGGGACAAGGACGACAUGUCCCGCACCCUGCUGGCCAUGUCCAGCUCGCAGGAGAGCUGCCUGGCCAUGCGCAAGUCCGGCUGCCUCCCACUCCUCAUCCAGAUCCUGCACGACACGGACAGGGAGCCGGGAGGCCCCCAGAGCCCCGGCAGCGGCAAGGACUCCCGCAUGCGGGCCAACGCCGCCCUGCACAACAUCAUCUUCUCGCAGCCCGACGAGGGCCAGGCCAAGAAGGAGAUGCGGGUGCUGCAUGUGCUGGAGCAGAUCCGCUCCUACUCGGAGACCUGCUGGGACUGGCUGCAGAUGCAGAUGCAGAGCAAAGACGGGGGCAAGGGCCCCGAGGGCAGCGCCGCCGGCCCUGUGCCGGUGCCCAUCGAGCCGCAGAUCUGCCAGGCCACCUGCGCCGUCAUGAAGCUCUCCUUCGACGAGGAGUACAGGCGGGCCAUGAACGAGCUGGGUGGUCUCCAGGCCGUGGCUGAGCUGCUGCAGGUGGAUUAUGAGAUGCACAAAAUGACCAGCGACCCUCUGAACCUGGCGCUGAGGAGAUACGCGGGCAUGGCGCUGACCAACCUCACCUUUGGGGAUGUGGUGAACAAGGCGACUCUGUCCUCCCGCCGGGGCUGCAUGCAGGCCAUCGUGGCCCAGCUGGCCUCCGAGAGCGAGGAGCUGCACCAGGUGGUCUCCAGCAUCCUGCGGAACCUCUCCUGGAGGGCAGACAUCAACAGCAAGAAGACCCUGCGCGAGGUGGGCAGCGUGACCGGCCUGAUGCAGUGCGCCCUGCGCGCCACCAAGGAAUCCACCCUGAAGAGUGUCCUCAGCGCCCUGUGGAACCUGUCCGCUCACAGCACCGAGAACAAAGUCGCCAUCUGCCUGGUGCAGGGUGCCCUGGGCUUCCUGGUGAGCACCCUCACCUACAAGUGCCAGAGCAACUCGCUGGCCAUCAUCGAGAGCGGAGGCGGCAUCCUGAGGAACGUGUCCAGCCUGAUCGCCACCCGGGAGGAUUACAGGCAAGUGCUCCGGGACCACAACUGCCUGCAGACCCUGCUGCAGCACCUCAAAUCCCACAGCCUCACCAUCGUCAGCAAUGCCUGCGGGACCCUCUGGAACCUCUCCGCCCGGAGCCCCAAAGACCAGGAGCUGCUGUGGGACCUGGGGGCCGUCAGCAUGCUGCGCAACCUCAUCCACUCCAAGCACAAGAUGAUCGCCAUGGGCAGCGCCGCCGCCCUCCGGAACCUGCUCACCAACCGACCCCUCAAGUACAAGGACACCGCCGUCAUCUCCCCGGGCUCCUGCAUGCCCUCGCUCUACGUGAGGAAGCAGAAGGCGCUGGAGGCCGAGCUGGAUGCGAAGCACCUGGCGGAGGCCUUCGACACCAUGGAGAAGCAGAGCCUCAAGAAGCCCCUGAGGCACAUGGACAGCCUGGCGAAGGACUACGCCUCCGACUCCGGCUGCUUCGACGACGACGAGGUGCCCAACGUCUCGGCGGGGGCGGAGACCGGGAAUGCCUCCAUCCUCUCCAUGUUCCUCAACUCCUCCUUCCUCCAGGGCCAGGCCUUGCCCAGGGCCAUCGCCCAGCGGAGGGGCCCGGAGCCUGAGAAGGAUGAGAGCAGCAAGCCGGCCGAGCCCAAGAAGCUGCCGUUGCCCGAGGAUGAGGUGUCGCUGGCGGCCGAGAAGCUGGCCAACAAGAUCUCCACCACGGUGGCCAAGAUCGACAAGCUGGUGGAGGACAUCUCCACCCUCCACACCUCCUCGGACGACAGCUUCAGCCUGAGCUCGGAGGACCACUGCCUUGACUGGCAGUACGGCUCUGAUGAGGUCCACGAGGCCCGGGCCCAGUCCUGCUCCCCGUGCCGCCUCUCGGAUGCCAGCAGCUUCGUGAAGCGGGAGAACCUGAGCCGGGCCCACACCCUGCUGAGGCUGAAGAAGGCUUACACCAGCUUGUCCAACGACAGCCUGAACAGCGGCAGCACCAGUGACGGCUACUGCACCAAGGAUCACAUGAAGCCCUGCACCAGGGCCUCCUUCCUAGAUUACAAGGAGGAGCUGCAGAGAUACCAGAAGCGGCCCAGCAGGCUGGAUCUGAAGAACAUCCUCGUCCACAGGCCUGAGAGGAUGGAGCAGCCGGGGGUCAAGGUCAAAGAGUCUGGCGAGCCGGAGAAACUGGAUCCGAGAGACACGCAUGACAGGGCUAAGAAAGCGGUGACGUUCCCCAGCCCCAACGCCCCUGAGAAGGAGCCUGAGUGGAAGAAGGAGCCGGGCAAUGAGCUUUCUCCCGACCCUCAGGUCCACACCAUCAAACUCUCCCCUUCUUACCAGCAUGUCCCCCUGCUGGAGAACCUGGCCAAGAGCAGCCCGGCCCCUGGCGCCGUGGGGCUCUCGGGUGCUAGUUACCACCCAACUCUCCCAGGCCGGAAGCAAGCCUGGCUCCCCACGGGGCUUCUCCAGACGGCCGAGAACUUGAGCAAGAUCCCAGAGAAGCUGACUGCCCACAAGCCAGCCCCCGUGGAGCAGGAGUCAGUCCAGAAGUACGCGGUGGAGGACACCCCCAUUUGUUUCUCCCGGUGCAGCUCCCUCUCUUCCCUCUCCUCCGCUGACAACGUGCUGGACGGGCAGAGUCACAGCGAGAACGAGGUGGACAGCGACUCCUCCCUGGAGAUCAUCGAGGUGGAGGAGGGCGCCGAGGCCGGAGGUGACGUAGAGCAAGCCGAGGCCUGCGAUAGGAGACAGGAGAAGGUGAAGGCGGCGGAUCUGGGCCCAGCCACGCCAGGAGGGAUCUCCCAACCCAUCGCCAUCCCCUUCCAGAAGCGCGACAAGCUCUUCCUGAGGGAAUCGUCCCCAUCCCGGCACGAGGACCUGACCCCGUCCAGCUCCUCGGAGAACUACAUUCAGGAGACCCCUCUGGUGAUGAGCCGGUGUAGCUCGGUCAGCUCCCUGGGCAGUUUUGAAAGCCCAUCCAUUGCCAGCUCCAUCCAGAGCGACCCCUGUAGUGAGAUGAUCAGUGGCACCAUCAGCCCGAGUGAGCUGCCGGACAGCCCCGGUCAGACCAUGCCCCCAAGCCGCAGCAAGACGCCCCUGUUCGAACUGGGAUCCCAGCCGGAGAAGGAGACCAGCCAGUUCAACAUCCAGUGGGAAAACAACGUCAAGAAGUUCAUGGAGAUCACGGAUUUCAAGGAGCGUUUCCAGCUGCCCCAAGACCUGGACUCCAUGAUCUACUUCACAGUGGAGAAACCCAACGAGAACUUCUCCUGCGCCUCCAGCCUAAGUGCCCUGCCCCUUCACGAGCACUACAUCCAGAAGGACGUGGAGUUGAAGCUUAUGCCGCCUUUCCCCGAGAGGAACAGCCUGAAUUUCGUGGCACACGAGAAGCAGGAGGACAGGCGGGAAGAGAGAUUCGGGGAGGGCAAGAGGAAGCUGGAGCGUCCAGAGCUCAACUCAGACGAUGAUAUCGAGAUCCUGAAGGAAUGCAUCAACUCAGCCAUGCCUUCACGCUUCAGGAAGGUCAAGACCUCCCUUGUCUCCAGCCUGCCCAGUCAGGUUUUGAAUCCUCAGACCAAAAAGGCUCUGCACAUGCCGGUCUACAUGCUGGUGCCCACCCAUUCGCACCGGGGCGUCCCCAAACACCUGCGACCUGCCGCCCGGGACCUCUUCAAGGAUGACGACUCCUUCACCGACUCCGCAGAAGGCACCCCCAUCAACUUCUCCAGCGCCGCUUCCCUGAGCGACGAGACCCUCCAGUACCCGCUGAAGGAGGAGGUUGACCACAAGCGCGGCCCCGGGAAGAGGCUGGAGAGGAAAGAAGUGGCGGGGCCACCGGUGGGGUGCAAUAUGGAAGCACACCGUGAGCAAGGGAGCUUGAGUCCCGCGCCAGGCAGGAAAGCAGCUUCCAACUCCUCGACGCCCACCAAGAUGAGUACGGCCUACCAGCAGAAGGGCGGGUCGAGACAUGGCAGCCCUGUCCAGACAGGCAGGGGCCAAGCAGCUGAGGUGAAGAGAGGGCUACCUCCCCUGAAGAAUGGACCCAACCUGGAGCUGGACUUUGGCAGGGCGGGGGUCCACCCGGAGGGUGUCCCCCUCAGGAAGGGUGCUCCCUGUGAGGACAGUGCUCCCGGGGGUAUGGCCUUUCAGUCCCUGUGCCACACCACGCCGACCGAGGAGGCCGUCUACUGCUUCUAUGAGAACGACUCCGACGACCUGCUGGAGGUGCGGAGAGACUCGCCUAAGAGGAAGGCCGGCCCUGCCCAGGCUCAGAAGAAGGAACGCUGGAGCGGCACCGCCCCUAAGAAGGAGCCGGAGCAAAGCUCCAGGCAGCUGCUGCAGGCCAAAACCAAGAUGGCCGCCAAACUCCACAACAACCUCAUCGUGGACGAGACGCCGCCCUGCUAUUCCCUCAGCUCCUCCAUGAGCUCCCUGAGUGACAUCGACCUCUGUGACCACGAGGAGCGGACAACCCUGUACAAGGCCAACAGGCAGCUGACCCUUAGCCGGAUGCAAGAAAGCGCGGCCUCUAGGGCCUUAGCCAGAGAGAGGGACAGCUCCCCCAGCUCCCUGAGCUUCACCUCGGACGACGACCUGCUGCAGAAGUGCAUCGGCUCCACCUUGCCCAGGAGGAGGCGGCACUCCGCUCGGCGCAGGAACGCCGAGCACAAGCAGAAGCUGAAAGGUGCCAACCCCAAGAGCGCCGCUGGCAAGGAACGGAAGCCGGAGCCGAGGCACAACCCAGCGGACGAGAUGGUGUCGGACAAAGGCUCGGACCUGGACAGCGUCGAGUGGAAGGCCAUCCAAGAAGGCGCCAACUCCAUCGUCACGUGGCUGCAUCAGGCCGCAGCAUCCCUCUCCAGGGAGCCUUCCUCGGAGUCUGACUCCAUCCUCUCCUUCGUGUCAGGGUUGUCUGUCGGCCCCACCCUGCAGCUGUCCCUGGACAGGAAGGAUAAGAAGCGGGCUAGGAGUGGGGUAGGCCGUGAGGUGGAGAAGAGAGACCAUGCGAUGGUCUUUCAGGAGAGCAAGAAAGUGAUGGACGCCGGGGGCAGAAAUGCCAGGGCGGAGAAAAAUGUAAGCCAUCAGAAGCCAAUGUCGAACUUGCCAGUGGUCUUCCGAGGCAGGACAGUGAUCUAUGUGCCCAGCGCGGUGAAGGACUCCCCGAGCCCCAGGUCCACCCCACAGAAAACAGCCACAACUAAGCCCGAAGCCACCAUCCAAAACCUCACCUUGAGCCAGCAGAGGUCACGGAGUCUUCACAGGCUGGGGAAGGCCUCGGAGAUGGCCGACCUCACCUUGCCCAAGAGGAGCGCCACCCCUCCUGCCAGGAUCACCAAGCCCCCCUCCUCGGGCUCCUCUAGGACCUCCACCCCCUCCCAGCCCACCCAGAAGAAGUUAACGUCGCCCUCCCAGCUCAACAAGCAGCUGCCAUCUCAGGGGGUGAAGGUGGGCAGGAGCUCCCCAACAGGCUCCGCCCCCAAAGCGCCCCCCCAGAAAUCCCCAGCCACCAAGCAGCACAAGACCCAGAAAUCCCCCGUCCGCAUCCCAUUCAUGCAGAAGCCAAACAAGAAGAUGCUGCCAGCCAGGAGCUCCAUGCCGGUGCUGGAAGAGCACGUGGGCAGCCCUAAGCUGAAAGGCAAUGGGAAGGGCAUCCUGCCGACUGCUCGGCUCAAUUUGGUGCGGAUGUCCUCGGCCCGGUCCAGCGGCAGCGAGUCGGACCGGUCCGGCUUCCUGAGGCAGCUCACCUUCAUCAAGGAGUCCUCUAGCCUCAUCAUGAGGCACCGCUCUGAGCUCUCCUCCUGCGAGUCCAUGUCCUCACUGUCUCAGAGCGCUUCCCCCAAGAGGAGCAGGCCAGGCCUCCCAGCUGUGUUCCUGUGUUCCUCCAGGUGCGAAGAGCUCAAGGUGGCCAAGCCGGUGGUGACCAGCCAGAGGCCAGUCAUCUCAAGGACCCCGGCCAACAACAAAACUUCUCCCAGUGAGAGGCCUCCUCGGAGGACCAGCUCCGAGAGCCCUUCCCGGCUGCCUGUGAAGACCAACACCCCCUCGCCCGAGCCCUUCAAGAGGUAUUCCUCCUCCCCCAACAUCAGCAUCAUCAAGAGGACCAGCAGCCCCUCCUCCGUCCUGUCCUCUUGCUCCGAGUCGUCAGCCAGGAGAAGGAAGAGCCAAGAGGCCUCCAAGCUGACCCCGAAUCCUGCAGUGGGGAACCCGGGGCAGCAGGACAAGCAGCAGAUGGCGAUGAUGAAGGGUACUUGGAGAAGGAUCCGAGACGAAGACAUCCCACACAUCCUCAAAAGCACCCUGCCUUCCUCAGCCCUGCCUCUGGUCAGCACCCUGGAGGAGGAGACCCCCAAAGCUCAGAUCCCCAUCCAGAGGAAAACCAGUGAUGCUGUGGUGCAAACUGAGGACUACCCCACCACCAAGACCAACUCCAGCACCUCUCCAACGCUGGAGACCCGGGAGAUGCCCAAGAGCGAGACAGAGUGCCUGACUUCGAUCAAGGGCACUGUGCCCAUCUCCUUCGGCCACGAAGGGCCGACUGGCUCUGUUGGGAGCUUCCCCUCCAGCAGGCACAGCUCUCCCAGUAGAUCCGCCCGGGUGACUCCCUUCAACUACGUUCCCAGCCCCAUGGUGGCACCAAUGAUCAACAACAAAUCGCUUGAAAAAAUGCCAGCUUAA